GUUCCUCGCGGCAACAUGUCUCCCGUGUGGAUCGUGCUCGCUUUGCUCCCAAUUCUCGGCGGAGCUCAAAGAUUCAACUGUAGGGGGCGGAUUCUAGGAGCUUACUACGCCGAUGCAAAAUCCGGAUGCAAGGCAUUUCAUGUCUGUGUAAGAGUCGCUGGAGGUGGUGUUAGAGACUUCAGGUUUUUCUGUCCCCCCGGUACAUUGUUCCACCAAGAGGCCCAGACGUGCACCGACUGGGGUGACGACGACCCUCUCGCGUGUCCUGCAGAUAUCUACGAUGGUCAGUUCGAUCUCUACAAGAUCGGCUCUGGAUAUGAUACGAAGAAGUUAUCUUCUGGUAAUCAUGAAGAAGAGCCUGAAUUUGGACUUCAAAAGGCAGAAACAGGCGACCGGCGCCUGUCGCAAAAUUCAGAUCUGAGGGCAGCACAUUCGUCAGACUUCUUUACCGGACAACGGGAUCGCGGACGUGAUGAGCCGGUCUCCCAAACACAGUCACCGAUAUCAAAAGCACCCAGUCGCCAAUCAUUUAGAAGAGCUACCACAUCGCGUACAACAACAACUUUGCAUACAACGGCCCCACCACCACCGUCCCAACCGCCAACUCCAGCACAAUAUGAUGUUACAAAAAGGAAACUUAUUAGGAAACGUCCUGUUUAUACACCUACACCACCUCCAACUACGCCAGUGCAAAACACUUUCCCACCAAAAACAUUCUCAGAGCAACCACAAAUUAAUUACAACCAUAAUAGUCCUUCCCAAAAUAGACCAAAUCCCAUAACAGUUAAGAUUCCCGCGCAAUAUAAAGACGAAUACGUUGAAGUUAGUAAAGUUGUUCCAAAACAACAUAAUAACAGGUACUACCCAAAUAACCCAUCUCCGACACCCUUUUCACAGGUAACGCAAACAUCUAACAAGAAAGACAAUCUUGUUGAAUUAUUCAACUACAACGAUCAAUCUACCCAAGAGUUAAAUAAAAACAAUGAUAAUCGACCUUUCAAAGUUAGAAAUAGCUUUAACGUGCAAACAGAUGUUCCCAAAGAACCUGAUUAUGCUCGAACUAGGAAUUUUAACGGUAAUAACAGAGUCACGUCAACGUCUACAGUUGAUUAUAAUAUUAUUCGGGGUACCAGUACGCCAACAUACAGAAACAUUAAUAGUAUAUCCUAUGAAACGGAGAAAAAUAAUUUUGGACCAUUUCCUGGGCCAAAACAAACCUAUUUUCAUAAUCCCACAACGACGCCUUCUACUACCACUUAUUAUACCACUACCCGUGUUGAUCUACCAGCAAAUUUAAACACAGUUGCAUAUAAUACAAAUAUUGGCUUUAAUACACAAUCUUCACAUUACGCGGAAAGUAUAGAAGAUGAUGGUCAAUAUCGACCACCUCAAGGUGAGGAUGACGGCCAAUAUAGACCAGAAUUAUAUGAACGUGAUUCUGAACUGCUUUCAGGUGCACAUUCCUUAAAUAUAGCGGCAAGUGGUAAUAGAUUACCAGAAGAUCAAAAACAAAACAAAAUACAGUCGCAAAACUCGUUUAGCAAAACGGCUGCACCUAGACCAUUUAGACCCGCGCCAACGCCGGUCUCGUCUUCUUUACCACCAGUUACAGAAUUUUACACGAGUACCGUAAGAUUACAAACCGAACCGCCAACUCAACGAACCUUUGAUUACUACCAAACAUAUACAACAACUUCUCGACCCUACGAAGCACCUUCUGUACCAUCAAACACUUUUGCACCCCCCGUAAGAGCGACAACCUUAUCAGUUCCCAAACCUACUGAAAAUUACUAUUCAAAGGAAACAGCGCCACCGACACAGCCUCCUUCGUUCAGCACAUCUCGAUCAACACGACCACCGCACUUCGCAAAUCCUAGUAAUAAAAAGGAAGAUAAUAGUUACGAUUAUGCCUACUACGAUUCCGACCCAGGAUUUUCAGAAUAUGAUCACAUAGAAGAGUUUGGAAGAACUAAGAGUAGGGUAUAAAGUAUACGUUAAAUGUCUUCCACUGCCAUUACUUUAGCUGCCUCUUUAGAUUUUUUAUAUCUUUCCUUAUUUUUGUCAAUGAUAUACGAUUAACGUGUAAUUUAAAGCCAAUUUUGCCGAAUGAUAUUUUUUUUUAAUUAAAUUUUUAAUCUUUAACAAUCGGAUAAUACGUUUACUGGUUAAGUCCGUCUAUAUCUAAAGAGGCUUUUCGAUUGUAAUGUUUUAUCUUAAAUUAUUUUGUGAUAUUGUUGUGGAUGUAUGUAAUUUUUAGAUUAUAACUAAUGUAAGAUUUGCAAUUAGUAAUACAGGAAUGUAGCUAAACUAUCCUUAGGGAUAAACAAAUAUUUAUUUUGGAUCUAAUUAUUUAGCUACCUUUGUGUGGUAUCUAGACACUACAAGUGCCCGAAAUUAUAUUCCAAAACAUUUACUUUUGUAAAAUAGUACAUAUAUUUUCUUAAUAAAUAUAUUGUACCUAUUUUUUACAUAUUUUUUCAUGCAGUGGUAAGCAUUUUUUUUUUAAGUACUAUAAAGAAAAAUACAGAAAUUAAUUUCCAUAAGUUUCAUAUAAAUUCCAUACUUCAUAAAUAUCAUUAGUUUAUGUUUUGCUUUUGCUUCUAAGUUCUACGAGACGUAGGUGUAUGAAACUGCCAGUACUCUUAUCUUACUCUUAUUAUCUCAUUUUUUUUAAAUAUAAUAAAUAAAUUAAAAA